GACAUAAAUCUUCGAAGCGAUUGUUUGCGAACUCCAGGACCCGGUUUCAUCAAAUUAUCACCAACUCCUGGAAAACGUACUCAUUUAUUUCCUGUCGCUGUUCGUAGAGCAACACUAAGUUAGUUAGUUAGAGACACAGACAAUAGACUUCAUUACAAUAGAAUAGCUAGUCAUGGUGAAGACAGCUGUGAAGGUCUUUGUGCGGACGCGCCCCACUGCAACGAAUAGUUCUGGUGUAAAGAUCGGUUCCGAUGGUCAGAGCAUAUCUGUAAACGUCCCCAAGGAUCAGUCAGCUGGCAUUAUCAACAACCAACAGGAGAGCUUUUCUUUCAAGUUCGACGGCGUGCUUGAGAACGUGAGCCAGGAUGCCGCCUACACGGCGGUGGCGCAUGAGGUGGUGGACGGGCUGAUGGCGGGGUACAACGGAACCAUCUUCUGCUACGGCCAGACCGGUGCCGGCAAGACCUUCACCAUGAGCGGCGGCAGCUCGGGCUACGCGCACCGCGGCAUCAUCCCGCGCACGCUGCACCACGUGUUCCGCGAGGUGGACAUGCGGGUGGACAAGAUGUACCGAGUGCAUGUGUCGUACUUGGAGAUCUACAACGAGCAGCUGUACGACCUGCUGGGCGAGCCGGGCAGCAGCGAGGGGCUGGCGGUGCUGGAGGACACGAACAACAACGCAUACGUCCGCGGCCUGACGCUGGUUCCUGUCCGCAGCGAGGAGGAGGCGCUGGCGCAGUUCUUUCUGGGCGAGCAGGGGCGCACCACGGCGGGCCACGUGCUCAACGCGGAGAGCAGCCGCUCGCACACCGUCUUCACAGUGCAUGUGGAGAUGCGCACCAGCGAUGCUGCCAGCGAGCGGGCGGUGCUGUCCAAGCUCAACCUGGUGGACCUGGCGGGAAGCGAGAGGACCAAGAAGACGGGCGUGACGGGCCAGACGCUGAAGGAGGCCCAGUUCAUCAACCGCUCGCUGUCCUUCCUGGAGCAAACCGUCAACUCGCUGUCCCGCCGCGACGCCUACGUGCCCUUCCGCCAGACCAAGCUCACGGCGGUGCUGCGGGAUGCGCUGGGCGGCAACUGCAAGACCGUCAUGAUCGCCAACAUAUGGGCCGAGCCCAGCCACACGGAGGAGACGCUGAGCACGCUGCGCUUCGCCUCCCGCGUGCGCACCCUCACCACGCAGCUGGCGGUGAACGAGAGCAGCGACCCGGGGCUGCUGCUGCGGCGGUACGAGCGGCAGAUCAAGGAGCUCAAGGCGGAGCUGGCCAUGCGGGAUACGCUGAGCGGCCGUUCCCGUGUCUCCUACGACGACCCCACCGACGACGAGCUGCGCGAGCUGCACUCCACCGCGCGGCGCUUCCUGGCGGGCGAGGCGGACGUGGAGGAGCUGCCGGCGGACAGCCUGAAGCGCGUGCGGGAGGCGUUCAAGGCGCUGCGGGCGGUGCAUGCGGCGGUGAAGGGCGAGCUGGGCGGGCAGCUGGCGGCGAUGAGGCGGGCGGCCACGGAGGAGGGAGCGCAGGCGGCUGCCCAGGCUACAGGUGCGGGAUCCGGCGGCGGUGUGGGCGAGGUAGACCCGCGCGCCGCUGCCGGCUUCACCGUCGGCCAGGCGCCUCUGGACGCCAGGCCGCCGCAGACGCGGUCCGAGUUCGGCACUGCUGGCGGCGACGGCGGCGCCGCCGCAGCUGCCGCUGCCGCUGCGGCGCAGGCCCCUCUAGGCGCUCAGCUGAGCUCCCUGACCGACGUCGCGAGCACGGUCGGCGGCGGCGCAGCUGACGGAGCCCAACGCAGCCCCUCCGGCGCCAGCGUUGGCGGCGUCGGCUUCGCCGGCGGCGCCGCCACGGCGGCGGCGGCGCGUCUGUCGGCUAUCUUUGCCGUACCGGGGGACCGGAAUGCCGUAUUCCGCAAGUACAAGACGGACGUGGCGGAAGGGCGGGAACUUGCAGACGCGCUGAAGGCGGCAAUGACGGCGCUAAAAGAGACCCGUGGGUCGAUCAAGUCACUAGGGGAGUCGGUGAAUGAGGCGAAGAAGCGGAUUGAUGAGCUGAAUGCGGCGCUGGCGUUACGUCGCGGCGCGGCGCCGGCGGGCGGAGAUGGGGAGGUGCUUGACAGCGAGACAUACGCGCUGCUGCAGGACCUCAAAUCCGUCAAGCAGCGCUACCGUGCCGACUUCGACGGCCUGAAGGAGGCGCGCGAGGAGCUGGAGCCGCGCAUCCAAGGCGUGGCGGUGGCGCGUGCGGCGCUGUUGGAGGGGUUCGACAGCUGGGCGGCGGGACAGAGCGAGGGCGCGCUGAGGCGCAUGGCGGCGGCUGCUCGCGCCGUGCCCGGCACCCCGGGCGAAGAGGACGACGAGCUAGAUGCGGGGGAGGCCUUCGAGCGCAUGCAGCUCGCCCGCAUCACGGAACGAGACCCCGACUCGCUGGCAUACCAUGCGGCGCUGCGGAGGAGCGGGGCGGCAGCGCCGGGAGCCGCGGGGCCGGGCGCGGGGGCAGCUGGUAGCGGCGGCGGCGCCAAGGCGGCGGCUGCGGCGAGCCGGCGGCUGGAGCAAACGCAGACGAUGAACCGUGGGGCAGCGCGGUAGUGAAGGGGUGUGGAGGGGAACAGGCAUGGCGCGGCGCUGCUGAUGCACUUGGAUGUACAUAGGCAUGGCUGGAAGCGCGCGGGGGUUAGGGUGGCGCAUUGUGUAGGCACUUGAGGUGGGUUAUGGGCGUGUGUAUAUGGGGAUAGGCGGGCAGGAACAGGGUCGGGUCGGGCGGGGUGCUUCUUCCUGUUGCCGUAGCAGCGAAGGACCAUCAGAGCUGCACAUAACGGGGAGGAUGCACGAAGAACGCAAAAGAGCGAGCGGACUGCCGUUCGUGCAAAGGUUUGUCCAAGAGGAGCGGCCAUCACUAAAUAGCAAUGCUGCAGCGCCCGCUGGUUCAUCACCCAGCGGGUCAGGUCAUGUGACACGACAUGGCAGUGUCAUGGCCAUGUGUGGGGACAGCUUUUUUCCAGUUGGCGUGAAGAAGGGUGGCGGUGCGGGUGCGUGCUGUGGAAGCAACUAAUAUCGGUAUAGCAUGUCGAUGACGACGCAGAGGAGGAAACCGGGUAGAGUUAAAAAAUAAUAAAACUCCUCUUCAAGGCCAAGCAUCAUACUGGUACUUGUUCUCUCGUUGUCCGACAAGCAAGCGUCGCCCCUGCUCGGUUCAUGCUCACGUAACGACGGACGCGUGAGCAGCACUGUGCAGCCCUGGAGCUCCCAUGCUUUGUCGUACAGCACAUGCUCAAAGGCUGCACAGGCCUCAGGUUCACAUUAAUCGACUUCAAACAGGCUUCUUUUUCGUUGCGUGACCUUUCCCAUGUUUGAAGAUGGUCUAAUGCGGCAUGAGCACGGCCUUUCCAGGCUGGGCAUGCCUUGUUGUAUGAGGUAUGACACAUGCUCAGGGUUGUCCGGGCCUCAGGUUCAUAUCAGACGACCUCCAACGGACUUCCCUUAACGUCCC